AUGUCCCUUUGGCCAGAUGUACGAAAAUGGGAUGAAUCGGUGAUUAUUGAACAAUUUAAACUUUUAAAAGAUCAAUUGACAAAAGAGUUGGCACUUGAGCUAUGUGAAAAGGCUUAUGGUUGUGGUUUUCUCUACGAAUUGUAUGAUGCAAAACAUCUUGAUUACGAAGGUGCUUUUCAAGCUUAUUUGACUCUGCUGCGAGCUAUCGCAGCAUUGGUUCCUGGUUCACAGUUUCAGAGUAUAUUUAUAAAAUCUUGUCCUGGGUGUGCUGUGUUGGAAAUUUUAUCUAUUUUAUGUAUACAUCCGAUAUUAGAAAAUGAUGUGAAUGCUUUGCUUGAGGAAUUGUUCUUGGAUACGCAUGGUGAUAUUUUAAAUCGUAAUGAUAUUCGUCAAAUUGCCAUAAUGAUACGGCAAGCAUACAAAGGUUAUCAAGGUACAGAUAUGGGUUGUUGUACAGCUUAUGACUGGAAAAGUGAAGGAUACAAAACAGCCAAUACGAUUGGAGUAUUAUUUUCAUCUGAUCAAUUCUGCGAAUUAAUGAAAAGUAAUUCUAUCUUGGGCGCUCAAAUAGCUCAUGAAAUGCUGAAAAAUCCUGAUGAUAGUCGUUGGAAAUUACAUGAAUUAUUAUCAAAAUAUAAGGAACUUAUAUCGGAUAAUAAAUCCGAUACAUGA